CCUCAAUGUGAGAUAUAAUUUAUGCUUUUUACUUUCUCUUUUUCAGGGGGAGGUGAAUAAAGAUGAACUUGUCAAUGCCCUUAAUUUAGAGUUUGUAAAUCGAACAAAUGAAGUUGGCGUCGAUUUCAACAGAGCUAUCCAGUUCAAUCAUACUGCUAAUUUAGUACAGUUUGUUUGCGGCUUGGGACCUAGAAAAGGGACAUUUUUAGUCAAGACUCUAAAAACAGCCAAUCAACAAUUAGAAAGCAGAACACAGUUAAUUACCUUUUGCAAGAUGGGACCCAAAGUUUUUGUUAACUGUGCUGGAUUCAUAAAGAUUGACACAUCUUCUUUAGUAGACAGUACGGAGACAUAUGUUGAAGUGUUAGACGGAUCUCGUGUUCACCCAGAAGCAUACGAAUGGGCUCGUAAAAUGGCUGUUGACGCUCUGGAAUAUGAUGAUACAUCUGAUGAUGUCAAUCCUGCUGGCGCUUUAGAGGAAAUUUUAGAAAAUCCAGAAAAACUGAAGGCAAGUUAAUCUUACUCAUUUCUC